AUGAACUCGACUUCUGGCACACUGGGCUUACUCGGUGCUCUACCGUUGGAUCUGCUUGUACCCAUCCUCUCACACCUGCGUCAUCGAGUCAGAGACCUGGCAGCCUGCGCACUCGUAGGCCGUCUCUUCAACGAGAUAGCUACUCCAUUACUAUACGAACGCCUCUUUCUACGGGAUCAAACACGGCUCAAGCUCAUCUUCGCCUGUCUUGGCAGUAACCCGGAUCUUUGUCGGCUUGUCAGGAUCAUCGAACUACGAGUCUUCCCCUUCGGUCUGGACGCUGAGCGCCUCGAAAGGCUCGAAAUCGACAUCGAGACGACUUUCACUAAUGCGAUCAACCUAGAAGAGCUCGUCUGGACAAGAGCGGGGAGUCUGAAUGACCGGCUACUUCCGACCCUACUCAGCUCAUCUCCAAAGCUGCGGAGGCUGGAGCUCGCUGGAGACGUUCGAUUAUGGACUACGUCGACACUGUUGAAGUAUGUGCCGCUGACGGUUCGGGAGCUUAGUCUGGUACUGCCAGAGAAAGCGACGCUGAGAGGCCUCGUGGACAUUGCGGAGAAGCUGUUGCGGGGAGGUCAAAGUGACAACACAACGAGUCUAGCGUCAGGGAUGGAUGCACUCAAAAUCGACGACAGCAGCACAGAAGAUGCCACGGGAUUGCGAAGCCUCAACAUCCUCUGCCAACACUCCUCACAUCUUACCGAUGUUAUUUUGAUGGCGUUGGCUCCCCACCUCAAGCUGUUGCGGCGGCUAUCCCUCGCAGGAUGUAGAGCAAUCACCGGGCGUGGUAUUGAAGCAGUCCUCCGUUCAGCGGCGGAAGGUGGACCAGGCGUUAGUGACCUAGCUAUGGAAGGACUCAACAUACAGGCGCAAGACGUUAGCCUGCUGCAUCCAUAUGCUUCGUCUCUACGCCUGCUGUCUCUUACAUAUCCGCGGUCGGCAUCUUCUUCGGGCUCGAAACCGCUAUCGGCAGCAUCACUCAACGAGUUCUACACUGACUUUGCAAAGCUCAUAGAGAAGGCCGACCAUCUGGUGGAGCUGACGCACUACGCCGGCUCUGGCUCACGGCCUGCCAUGGAUGGAGGUCACGAGGGCGACGGGGGAUUGGUUGAUCUGGACGAGCUCGACGAUGACGAGUCAGACUACGACGAUGACGAGUCAGACUACGACGAUGAAGGACACUACAUCCUAGCAGGACGGUCGAUCUCUAACGGCAACACCGAAGCAACAUGGGCAUCCAACGACUGGAUCCGCCGCUUCUCAGGCCCACCACCAGAAGGCAGCGUGCGAUACGGCCAACCUGAGACCUCAACUCCGCCUUCCAACCUUCCGCUUCUUCCGACAUGGUUCUUGUCCCGUCUCGUAGUCAGUCGUUGUAGCCAGCUUACAAAGCUGCGCUUGCAUGGUAUCGGCAUCUCGCUGGAUCAGUUUGGCUUAAUUGCGCAGCACUGUGCUCGGGUGCGAGAUCUGGUGAUUCAGAUUUGGGAGGAUGAUCUGCCACGACUCGCAGCUUUGCUCUGUCAGCUACCGCAUCUCGAAACGCUGCACAUAUUAGCGUCAGCAUCAUCCGAGACGAGCUUGGGAGAAAGGGAGAUUCAAUGGAUUGCCCAGGUGUGCACUGAUGCCAAUCGGGAACGUCGAAAGCUUCGUCACCAAGAGUACUUGAAGGGAGUGAAAGGAGCAAACUUGACACCAGAGGGUAGCGGUCUGCAUCAGAUCGGGUUUCGCAAUCGUGUUUGGCUUGUCGAGCGUAGCUUUGACAAUGCCGAUGAAGCGCAAAGCAAAGAGUCAGAAGCGACGCAACAAAACGUGAGUCGCAUUUACACGAACGGCAAACCGGCACGUGACGAGGAGGAGCCAAUCCGCGUCUCCUUGAAGCGGUGGGACCCUGCUGCAGGAACUUUGCCUGAGGUGCUAUUGGUUGUCAAGUCAUGA